CCGACCGUUGCUGAUGGCGCCCAAAGGAUACCCCGGACGAGUUCACCCACUCGCCCACUGAAAAGGCAAGCUCAAGAAUGCCCAUAUCCGAGCGGUGUCUUGUGCGUGUGCUUGUGCUACAUGACGCCGAGGCCUUGUGACUGUGCCGGUAUCAGGCAUUUCCCCAGCACUUUUAAGCGAACACGAUUCUCCUCUCUGUUUCUCUGCUACCCACCGCUACCGCGCCAUCAUGCAAUAGGCGCCGCAUUCCCUUUUUGCGAACACCCAUGACGAAUCCUCAGCGCACCGUUCUCCUCUUCGUCACAUCGUGAAACUUCCAGAGAUUAUGUCUACAAUCAGAAGGAUAUGCACAAGGCGAAAGCCGUGACGAGUCGGCCAGAAGAAAGCGCUGGCCGCGCAGCGUCGCGCCCGGCUUCCAAAGCCUUCCAAUUCGUGACUGCGCUCCCAUCUUCGGAGGCCGAACGCAGCCAGAACAAAGUCCUCGUCCGCUCGAAUGCCUCCAACUUCCACUGGCGACGGGUCAAGAAAGACAAGAAACCAGAAUCCUCCCCGACUCGACCAGCUCCUCCCAGGCGGCGCUCGACGAGCAGCCUACCCAAAUCCUCGCGCAGGGCACUCGCACCAGCCACACCCCAGAAGAACGACUCUGCAUCGCCGGAGAAUGACAUCUCACCGCCCAAGAACGAGGAGGAUCAGAGCGAACAUGCAGUCACAGAAUCCCCCGCUUACAGCGAUUUCAUCAUCUCUCCGGACGCCAGCUUGUCGACCUUGGUGAUCUCGGGCCAUCAUGACCCCUUCGAAACAUACCCUUGCGAUCUGCCGAAAGACUUUGUCAGUCCUGUCCUCGAUCAAAUCAAUAGCUUCCUGUCAUUGAUGUUUCCACCCGAACGAGGUCAAAGUAUCAGCCCCCUUGCAGAGACAUGGCUCCGGGCGACUUAUCGUGACAGAGGGCUCUUCCAUGCCUCUCUGUUCUGCCAACUCACGCGAAACCGCGUCUUCUUUUCAACGCCAAUCGAAACACGCGAAACGAUGCAAUGCUACACCGAAACCAUUCGCGGCGUGCACCAGAAAUUUCAAGAUACCUCAGUCAGCUGUGAGGACGAGAACAUUCUAUCCGUUUACGCCCUGUCAUAUCAUGGUGACCUCAGGCGCGAUCCUCCUGUGGUCGCACCGUCUCAAGGACCCCUAACUACAUUGCAACUCCUUCACAUCUACGGUGGCCGCUUGGAAACAGUCCAAGUCCACCUUCAGGGUCUCGCCAAAAUGCUGAUACUGCGUGGUGGUCUUAGCAAGAUCAAAUUGCCCGGCUUGGCUCAAGCUAUUUCCUUUGGCGACAUUGUCCUCGCCUCCCAGACCCUAGCAAGACCAAUGCUUCCUUAUGUCCCGAUGCACGACGAUGUCGUCGGGCUCCUGAACACCGCAUCACGCAAGACCCACCCACUUGUUGGUCUGGGGAAGGGCUUCCGCGUGCUUCCUGAAAUGCUUGGGCACGCUCAUGAUGAAGUCUCAAAACUUCUUGUCGUGCUCCGGUGGAUGAUUCAAUACACAUUCGCCGUGGACGACUACGUCCAAUCUCGCCCAGAGGCUCAGGCGCCGCGCGCCUUGAUGGACCAGAGGAACUUUGUCCAGCAUCAUCUUAUGCAGCUCACGCCCGAUGCAUCCGAAACGACGGCUGAACACGCGAUGUGUCGCCUUGCCCGGCUCGGCACCUUCGUCUACAGUCUUCUCGUUGUAUUUCCGCUACCAGCUGUCGCCGCGCCGUUCGCCAGGCUUUCGUCCGACGUCAUCGUCCAAUUGUCCCUGCCUGACGUGCAGGCGCGUUGGGAUGAAGCGGCUGAUCUUAUGCUGUGGGUCACAGUAAUGGGAGCGAUUGCCAGUAUCGGCACACCUGAUCGGGUGUGGUACCUUACCGCAUUGGACCGGUUGACAAGGCAGCUAGAUAUAAACAGCUGGACAGCCAUGAAAGAACGGAUGAAACUCUUUCUGUGGUUUGAAUAUACAAAUGAUUCAGAUGGAUUGAAAUUGUGGAGAGAGAUCGAGGAGUCGAGUUUAAGUAGGCUGCCAAACGCAAACCCGAAGAUGGAGUAUCUGAUGGAACAAGGUGGUGCAUAACGAUAGCCAAGGCUCAGAUUGUGCAGGACGCCCUUAGCCAGGCUGUUUGCUGGAAGCAAGCCGGUAUCUGAACGGGGCGCGCACACAAUUCUGGCGGACGUUGAUUGCUAUGGCCAUAUCCAGAAUCUCUCGAGACCGAUAUCCAUGCCCAAGGAUGAGCCUCAGUCGAUGCUGCCACUACGUCGUCAAUUUUUGACCAUGCGGGAUCGGAUGAAGGAACCAACUUCUGAGGUUCUUGGGGAGAUGAUGAGCAGCCAGAUGUGUGGACGCGCUGACGGGCCAAAACAGAGCGAAUAGGUAGAUGUCUGUCUACGGAGUAGAUGACCACGAGAUGGCGGAUUAUUUGCUUCAAACACGAGUAACGAUCCCCAUCAUCGGCGAGGCGCCGUACAUGAUUGGAAGCGAGAAACAAGUUGUAUUCAAAUGGAAGAAGGGUCUGACUCGUAGUUCGUGUGCACAGGUAUCUCAGCAUAACUAUGUU